GCAAAAGUGUUGCGACGAGUUAUAGUUUUAUUAUUGAUCAGUUUUCUUACCUGUAUCUUUGAGUUUACAGGGCUUUAGAGGCUGUUUUUACGCAACUAGAGGUAUUAACUUUUUCAGUACAUCACUGCUCUCGUCAGCGUCACCUGUGUUCAAUGGACUAGCUUAUUUUGACAUAAAAAGCAGCCAUGUUUCACAACAGUUCACAGAGAAAAUACUGGAUUUUUAAGAGUGAUGAUGAACUCGAGCAAAUGAGACACAAGGCUAACCUGAAAUUCCGUAAUAAGACACACGAAAGUGGGAAGGCCGGGGUGGUGGCUUUUCUGGAGCGCCAUGAGGAGGAUGUUUUAUUCAGGCACUAUGAGAAGAGACUGCUGGACUUCUGCAAUGCGUUCAAGCCUGCGAUGCCUAAAUCCGUUGUGGGAACAGCUAUUAUGUACUUCAGGAGAUUCUACGUGAACAACUCCAUCAUGGAGUACCAUCCAAGAAUUAUCAUGCUGACAUGUGCAUACCUGUCCUGUAAAGUGGAUGAGUUCAAUGUUUCCAGCACCCAGUUUGUGGGCAACCUUCUGCAGGAGACGCCAGCAGGGCAGGAAAGGGUUCUGGAGCAGAUCCUUGAGUAUGAACUCCUGUUGAUCCAACAACUCAACUUUCAUUUGGUGGUCCACAACCCCUACAGACCCAUGGAGGGUCUGCUCAUUGACCUCAAGACAAGAUACCCCGCGCUGGAGAAUCCAGAGUCACUGAGGAAGAGUGCUGAUGACUUUCUAACACAGGCAGCAAUGACCGAUGCCGGACUGCUGUUUCCUCCUUCUCAGAUCGCUCUAACAGCUAUUCUGAACAGCGCAUCAAGAGCUGGGCUCAGUUUGGAGAGCUACCUGACCGAGUGUUUGGGACUGAAAGGGGACAAAGAGACUCUGUCGAAGAUGUAUGACUCUAUGAGACGGAUGAAAACCCUCCUGAAGAAGUACGAGCUGCCUAAACCAGAGGAGGUGAACGCUUACAAACAGAAGCUGGAGAGGAUUCAUGCUGAAUUCACUACAAGCAACAAACGAAAGCGAGGAUAUGAAGAAGACGGCCACGUAGCAAAAGAACCACGUUUGGAAGAAGAGACUUAAUCAUCCAGUCCAGCAUACAACACCAAACCUGAGUCAAUGGCAGAAUGAGCUGUUUGGCAUUGGCUGAGAAGAUCUGACAAAUUUUUCAUGGAUGCAACCCACAUACUCAGCUCUGCUGCUGAUCCCACAAAUGCAUGUUCCUUACAGAUGUGGCACCAUUUAAAAGGGAAAUAAACAGGCUUUCCAGCGGCAUAAGACUUAUUGCCAAGACGCUUUGUUACAAUGAAAAAAUAAUCUCCACAACACUGAUUUCCUUCAUUUUUGUACUUGGUUUGUAUAAAUUAAAGGAAAAUCUUCUUAAACCGGCUCUUUGAUUGCAGGAGUGGACUGAUGAAGACCUGAUAUGAUCCUUUGCCUCAAAUAAAGUUUAUUCUCCUGAAUUCCAGUAUUGAACAGUCAAACUUUGCACAAGUGUGCAUGCUCCAUUUACUUUUCUACAUAAUGUUCAUAUUUGCCUUUGUUCUCUAAGAAUAAAGAUAUUUUUCUA